GUUUAAUUAAAGAUUUCCAUUUUGCUUCAAAAAUAGAAGAAGAAUUUAUGCUGGCAUUUAUUAUAAUUUGCUUUAUAUUGAAAAAAACUCAAUUUGAUAAAAUCAAGAUUUGGUGCAAAAAAUUAAAGAUUAUUUUGAUGGUUAUAUGGAUGUUGAACGAGAAUUGAGUGACGAAGCGCCUAGACAGUUCCUCGAAAUGAAAAUACUAGUAGUAUGCCUCGUAUUAAACAUGAAAUAAAUGACUUUAACACAAUUCAAAUCUUUAGAGAAUCUAUGUUUGCAACUAAAUCAGAGAAUCAAAAGAAAUAGAAGAAGAAUGUUUACUCACGGCAUUGCAUAUUUGUAACACCAUUAUCCAACAAUUUUGGUUUAAAUAAAGUUCAUUUAAUUCUUAAUUUGGUACAAUCCAGACUGAAUGGAUAUGGAGCAAACAGUAAUUAAGGACGAAAUCGAGAUUCACGAUGAUUUUAUUUGUUAUACGAAUAUUAAACAAGAAUUGAGUGAUGAAAUUUAUAAUGUCGCAUUUCAAAAUGUAAAUACAAUUAGUAAGCAUCCUAUUAAACAAGAAAUAAGUAAUGAUUUUAACAUAGCUCAAGUAUUUAAAGAAUCUAUUGUCGUCGUAAAAACAGAGGAAUGUUCUAAUAGGGUUGAUAAACUCAAUAUUCCGAACAAAUUUAAAUCGUGGAGUAUAAAAACUGAAGAGGAAACUAAAUCACAAGGAAUGCUAAAAAAUGGAAAAUAUUUGAAUCUGAAUAGAAUGGGUGGGAUUAUAAUCUGUGAAUUGUGUGGAAAUGUAUACACAAAACUAAGAGAAUUCCUUUGGCACUUUUUUACAAGUCAUUAUAUGAAAAAAAAUAGAUGUAGAAAAGAAGGAACAACAGACAUUUCUGUUAAUAGAAAUCUCGACGAUAAUGUGAAAACUGAAAUUGAAAUAGUUGAGGAUGGUUGGAGGAACGAAAAAUAUAACAGCAAAUCUGAUAAUACCAAAUCAAGUAUAUGUGGUGGUCAAAAGAUAAAUGAUUUAAACACAAGCAAAAACUUGUUUGAAUGUAACAUUUGCUUGAAAACUUUUGCACAGACAAGUGAUUUCAAGAGACAUUUGUGUAGGCAUACAGGAGAAAAACCAUUUAAAUGCGACAUUUGUUCGAAAUCGUUCUUACGGAAAUUUCAUUUGAUUCAACAUUUGUGUGUACAUACAGGAGAAAAAAAAUUUGAAUGUGACAUUUGUUUGAAAAAAUUUUCUCAGAUAAAUGGUUUGAAGACACAUUUGCGUAGUCAUACUGGAGAAAAGCCGUUUAAAUGUGAUAUGUGUGCAAAAACUUUCUCACUGAAAAGUAGUUUGAAUUUACAUUUGCGCAAUCACACAGGAGAAAAGCCAUUCAAAUGUGAUAUUUGUUUGAAAACAUUUUUACAGAACGGUAGAUUGAAGGAACAUUUAUAUAGUCACACAGGAAAAAAGCCGUUUAAAUGUGAAAUAUGCUUGAGAAGUUUUUCACGAACAUCUUAUUUAAGAAAGCAUUUGAUUACUCACAAAGAAGAGAAGACAUUCAAAUGUGAUAUUUGUUCGAAAAGUUUUUCGCAUAAAUUUAAUUUUAAUACACAUUUGCGAAGUCACACUGAAGAAAAGCCAUUCAAGUGUGAAAUCUGCAUGAAAACUUUUUUACAUAAACAUCAUUUAAAUAGACAUUUGCGUAGUCACACAGGAGAAAAGCCGUUUAAAUGUGAUAUUUGUUUAAAAACAUUCAAACAGAAAAGAAGUUUAAGUGUACAUUUGCUUAAUCACACAGAGGAAAAGACAUUCAAAUGUGAAAUUUGUUUGAAAAGUUUUUCACAGAAAUCUUCUUUGAAACCACAUUUGCUAAGUCAUACAAAAGAAAAGCUGUUCAAAUGUCAAAUCUGUUCAAAAACAUUCUUAUAUAAAUAUCAAUUAAAUAGACAUUUACUUACUCACACGGGAGAAAAACCAUUUAAAUGUGAUAUUUGCUUGAAAACUUUCACACAAAAAAAUAGUUUAAAUGCACAUUUACGUAAUCACACAGAAAAAAGGCCUUUUAAAUGUGACAUUUGUUUAAAAAGUUUUUCCCUGAAAUAUAAUUUGAAAACACAUUUGCUUAGACACACUGGAGACUAACAAUUCAAAAGUGACAUUUGUUUAAAAACAUUUUUAUAUAAAAAUAUUUCAAAUGUACGGUGGCUCUAUGAUGGUGUGAGGAAAUGGUUAACGUUACUUAUUAAAAACUACUAUUUAAAUAAUAAAGAAGAUAGUGGUAAGCUAGAAAUAAUGAAAUGACCCCCCCGGAUCUAAUCCCAAUAGAAUUAUUGUGGGAUGAACUGGAUCAGAAAGUUAGAAAAUUGAAUCCCACUUCUUUGGAUGAUCUUUGGAAGGCCCUUCAAACGCCUUGGAAUAAUAUACAUAUAUAAUAUUGUUAAAAAACUUAUAAGAAGAAUGUCACGUGUAGUUGAAAAAUUAAUUCCAUAGAGUGCAGCUAAAUAAAAUGAAAGAGACAAAAUAUGUCCAUCAAUCAAAAAGUGUUAUCUUUCAAUAUUCUUAAAAUAAAACUUGUUUCA